AUGAGCGUCUUCCCCACUGCGCCGGAGCCGGCGACCGAGCUUGGACGGCUGCGGGUGCUUUCGUCGACGUCUGGCCUGCGGGUGUCGCCGCUAGCCCUGGGCGCCAUGUCGGUCGGCUCGGCAUGGUCAUCGGUCAUGGGCAGCAUGGACAAGGAAACAUCGUUCCAGCUGCUGGACGCGUUUGUGGCGGCCGGCGGCAACUUUAUCGAUACGGCCAACAACUAUCAGAACGAGGAGUCGGAGCAGUGGCUAGGCGAGUGGAUGGCAGCCCGCAAAAACCGCGAGAGCCUGGUUCUGGCGACCAAGUUCACGUCCGACUAUCGUUCGUAUGCAGCCGGCCCAGGAAACGUUCCCAACAGCCAGGGCAACCACCGGCGCAGCAUUCGGCAGAGCGUCAAGGCGUCACUGCGCAAGCUGGACACCGACUACAUCGACAUCCUGUACCUGCACUGGUGGGACCACACCACAUCGAUCCCCGAGAUCAUGGACACGCUGCACGCUCUCGUGCUCGACGGCUCUGUCCUCUACUUAGGCAUCUCUGAUACACCUGCCUGGGUUGUCUCGGCAGCCAAUACGUAUGCCGAGGCCCACGGCCGCACACCCUUUAGUAUCUACCAGGGCCGCUGGAAUCUGAUCGUGCGCGACCUUGAGCGCGACAUCGUGCCCAUGUGCCGCCACUUCGGCAUGGCUAUUGCUCCGUGGGACGUCCUCGGCGGCGGCAAGUUCCAGACCCGCAAGGCCCUGGCCGAACGCAGCGCCAGGGGCGAAAAGCUGCGCAGUCUUACCGGCGGCGAGCAGACGGCCGACGAGGCCGCCAUCAGUCUUGCGCUCGAAAAGGUCGCCGCCGAACACGGCGUCGAGUCCACAACCAUCGCCCUCGCCUACAUUCGCGCCAAGGCUCCUCGCGUCUUUCCCAUCGUCGGUGGCCGUAAAAUCGAGCACCUCCACGACAACAUCAAGGCCCUAUCUAUCAAGCUCACUGAUGCCCAGAUCGCCCUCCUCGAGGACGUUAAGCCCUUUGCCAUCGGCUUCCCCAACGACUUUAUCGGCGCCGACCCGUUUGUCACUGGCAAGCCAAAUUUCCGCCUAGAACGCAGCGCCCAUAUGGACUUUUCUGACCCGCUGGUGCGCCGGUAA